AUGCCCGCAGCGUGUCGAGCAUCGGGCGAUGACGCAGGGGGUCAGCGCUUUGUGAGGGCUAAAGGAAAUGCGUUAGUUGAAACUUCCUUAAUCGCUUGUAGCCCCCAUGAAUGUUUCUUUAAUAGCAUGACUACUGAGCCCGAGUCGUCAAUGGCUAAAGUGUCGGAAGGCGUAAAGAAUCGCUUGGCUUCCGGUGAAUGGUAUGUGGCUUGUGGAACGGACGGCAUUGAGCCAUUGGAAAACGAGGAACGUGAGCACUGUCUCGUUGAGAACGAGACGUUCGUCUGCUAUGUUGUCAAGAAGGAUUGA